GUACUUAUUUUGCACGCCAGUCGUGCAUGAAAGGGGAUAACUGUGAAUUUGAUCAUCAGCUUUCUAAAUAUCCCUGUGAUCAAUUUGUUAAUAAUAAUGGCUUCUGCAUCAGAGGUGAUCGGUGUUUGUUUUCACACAAGAUUCCAUCCAAGGAAGAAGGUGCUAUUAGCAAACCUGAAUCGGUGCCUCCCUCCGUGCAGAGUAGUUCCAGGUCUGCACAAGUAAAGAUUGGUAGUCCAUUCCAGACGAAUGCGUUGCCCCACCCCCCAGGGACUCAUUCUCACAAUAAUACCGAACUGAAUAUGGCAAGGACUCUGUUGGAACAACCUAUAAUGUCUACGAAAGGAUUCAGCUUCCUUUCUACCGGAACACCAUCGUUGGUUCAUUCCAGUAUGUUGAAGCAAGGAGUCUCAGCCCCAUAUAGGAAUACUGGGGCCAAAGCUGGGAACCUGGUGCAACAAAGUCCAUCAAGAUCCGUUCCGAAUACCAAAGAGAAUACAACGACAUCUCCUUCUGUAGUCACUCCCAAAGGGAUACACUUUUUAUCAUUUGGAAAAGCAUCACCAGAUGGUUAUAGUGGCAAAAACCAGGAUCACCAUUCAAGCCAAAGUGUGCGAGAGACUGUUCGAAUCUUUAAUGUUGCGCCAAAGGUAAUCCAACUUGCACAACCAAAGGCAGCAGACUUUCUAUGUGUGGCUCCCGUAACUCAUUCUAGUGAUGGAAACCCUUUUAGCUUGACGUCAACUUCAGAUUAUGAUAACAGAACAGGUUUUGGUGAGGGUAAAAGUGCAUUUAUUAAACCCCAAAACUCAAGUGCAAUCUCGUCGAGGUUGCCACCCUCUCCACUUACUACAGGUCAAUCUUCAGAUUAUACAGCAUCCAGGUUUAAAGACACGGUGAAUCAGAGGGCACUCUUUUCAACACUUGCAUUUGCAGCAAAGUACGAAUCAAAAGAGACCAAUCAAUCAAUUGGUUCUAGUUUUGCACAGGUUGAUAGGGAGACCAAGCAGAAUGACUCGGGGAAAGCUUUUAACAUAUUGGAUUUCUUGUCCAGUAUUGGCAGUACAACCAAGCAGUAAAUGUGAUAUCAUGGUGUAUGACAAAUAUUUUAGCCUUGGAACGGAUCAAAUGGGAAGAUGAGCUUCUGCAUCCAAUAUGUAGGCUUUUUUUCAUCAGUUUGAUCAGAAAAAAGCACAGGGUAAUUUCCAACAUCUUGUCAUCCUGAAAUCAGCAGACAUAGUAAGUCACUCUUCUAAUUUAGCAGCUGUCUACACGGUACAAUUUACAUCUUUCACUACUGUAAGCAAUAGAAAACAGUUUGUUAUCAGGUAAAGGCUACAUUUUGUUUGUCUUUUACAGGAAUUUGGUGGGUGCAAUCGUGGUGACUGAUAAUUUUCGUUGUGCGAUUUCAGCUGGGAUUAAUAUUGUAAUGGUUACAACUAUUGUUGCUCAGUGGACAGCUCUCUGAUAUCAUUGAUUCACUUCCAUCGUAAAGUUGAGUCUUUGGUGAUAUCUUACCGUCAAUUUCUUCGUCAUUUUACCCUGGAUCUUCUUUGAAUGUAUUGUGUAGGAGACCUAACUUUUCUCCUGCAUAUUAUAUUGGAAACAGGUGGUCGUCAUAAUGUAACCUUCUUUGGCUAUGGAAAACUGGGAUUAUCCUCCUGUCAUAUUUGGCGUCAAUCUUAGGUAUUAGCUUCACUUACCAAUUUUCUAUGCAUUGG